AAGUAUAAGUAAAAAAAAGUUUUGAGUGAGUCUUAAGAGAGAGAGAGAGAGAAGAGAGAGUUGUUGUUGUUGUCUGAACAAUGUCACUUUCUGUCGGCAUUGUCUGCGUUCCGACACAAGACUUCAUUUCUUCUUCUUCUUACUCUUUACCUUCGAGUUCUAGAAGAAACUGCGGCGGUGCCCUGUGAUUUGAUGUUUCUUUGCUCUUCUUCUUCUUCUUCUAUUUUCACACCAAGCUUGUGUUUCUGAUUAGAAAAAAGCCAACUUUGAUUUCUUGAAUUUGCUGAUUUAAAGGAAUUUUUAUUUUCUCUGUUCCUGUCAUUGAAUGUGGGAAAAAAAAAAUUUGUGGGGAAUCACGUCCACGUCCAUCGAUUGUUGAAUUUGUGAUAUUAAAUCGCCGAUGAAGUUGAGAUUUUCUGGAGAUCUGUCAAGGGUUAUCGCAUGGUAGUAGUAGCUUGGAGCAUCGGUGAGACAAAGAAAGAGAAGAGGCUGUUUUGUUUUUCCAAAUGUCAGCAAUUCUUGCAGCUGCCAUUGGUGGUGCUGUAGGAGCUCUUGCAUUGAUUGCUUUGUUUCUUUUUCUCCUUUGGUUUUGUGUCUUUCGUCCUAAGAAUCUCUCAAGAACUUCUGAGACUGGCUCUUCUGAUCCAUCUACUCAAGAAGGAAGAAAUGUUGCAAUUGAGUUGUCAAUGAGAGAAGCUAGAAGGUUUGAAAUGGAGGAACUUGCUCAAGCCACCAAGAGUUUUACUAAUAAAAGUCUUAUAGGUAUUGGCAAAUUCGGUGAGGUUUACAAAGGUUUGCUCCAAGAUGGUGUUCUUGUAGCUAUUAAGAAAAGACCUAGUCUUCCUACUCAAGAAUUCGUUAACGAGGUUCGUUAUCUAUCGUCUAUCCAUCACCGUAAUCUUGUUACUCUAUUGGGUUAUUGUCAAGAAAGUAACACGCAGUUUCUUGUCUACGAGUAUGUUCCUAAUGGAAGUGUUUCCAGUCACCUGUACGGAGCUGGUGGUAAAGUACCUGGAAAUAGGCUAGAAUUCAGACAUAGGCUUGCAAUCUCUAUAGGAGCUGCUAAAGGCUUGGCGCAUCUUCACUCGCUGAGUCCUCGAUUGAUACACAAGGACUUCAAAACCGCUAAUGUUCUUGUGGAUGAAAAUUUCAUUGCUAAGGUUGCGGAUGCAGGAGUCCGUAAUUUCUUAGGGAGAGAGGAUGUUGGUACAUCGUCGCACAUUGUAGCAGAUCAGAUUUUCCUCUCCCCAGAGGUUCAAGAGUUCAGAAGAUUUUCAGAGAAAAGUGAUGUCUAUGCUUUUGGUGUAUUCCUCUUGGAAUUAGUAAGUGGAAGAGAAGCAUCAGAACCAUGCCCUUCAAGCUCAACGCAGACGCUAGUCGAAUGGAUGCAAAACUUAAAGGAUUACGCGGAUAUACCAAUGAUGAUCGAUGAGAGACUAGGAGGUACAUACACAGCAGAAGGAGUUGAGGAGCUUAUUACAUUGACACUGAGAUGUGUUGAUGUUUCUAGUGAGAAGAGACCAACAAUGAGUUAUGUUGUGACAGAGCUUGAGAGGAUAUUGGACAAAGAAGUGAGCUUAACAACAGUAAUGGGUGAAGGUACUCCAACUGUUACUCUUGGAAGUCAGCUUUUUAAAGCUUCAAAGUGAUUAAAAAAGGAACCAUCUUUUUACAUAUAUAUACAUAUAUAUAUAUACAUAUAUAUUAUGUAAGGCCUCUGAGAUAAAAACAAUCAGAGAACUUACAAGGAGGAAGAAGAAGAAGACUGAUCAGCUGUUUUGUGUUAAGUGUAUAAAGAACAGCUGAGCUUAUUAUUAUUAUUCGUUUGUUUUUUUUUUUCCUCCUUUAUACUUCCUUUUUGGAGGUUAUUUUCAGCAAUUAUUUUUUGACAAUUGAGUGCAGAAAAUAUAACUUUUGUAAAAACAUUAUUUAUUGAUAUAAAGGAAGCAAAGAGUGGAAUGUUGUGUGA